AUGUCAUCAAAUGGGCGUAAAGAACAUUUUAAUUCAUUAUUUACUGCUUUUCCGGAAUACCAAGGAAUUAUGGAUAAAAAUAGUACGGUUCAUUAUGAGGAACUUUGGAAUAAAAUUUGUCUGACGUUUGAUAAAAAAUUCAAUACUGUUAAUAUAAAGGAAAAAGUCAAUUUAUGCACUCAAGCGAUGAAAUAUUUAUAUAAUAUAUUAAGCGAUAUUCAUAAAGUCCCCGAUAAAAAUCACUUUAAAUACCUUUAUUAUUGGAUAUACAAGAAUCACUUAAAAGCCAAGAAACAUAGUAAUUACAUCAAAGAUUUCUAUAAGGAAAUAAUUAGAGUGUACAAAGUUGGUGGAUAUUUUACAUACUUAGUAGAUUCUUUUCUAGAUGUCAUAUUUGAUAAGGAAUUGGAAAUAAUAACUGAUAUAUGUGAUAUGAGCAAUAAACUUAAUGAUAUAAAAUAUAAUACUUUUACAUUUUGUGAAAAUAAAAGUAGAUGUGAUUGUGCAGAUGAAUGUGCUGAUAUAUACAUGCGCGGACAUAACAUAUGUGAGAAUAAUGGGUAUAAAGAUUUUUGUGAAAUAUUAGAAAGUUAUAAAAAUGAAUACAAUGUAUUGGAUAUAUCACAAUCAUGUGAUAAAAUUAAAUGCAAAGCAUUACCUUGUGAAAUUUUUGAAAAUAUAAUAAUACCAUCUGCUCAUAUUAAUACAUCAAAAACUGCUAUAAUAUCAUCGUAUCUAAUACUAAUAAUACCUGCUUUAUUAUUUAUAAUUUAUAAGUUCCUUCCAUAUAAUUCAUGCUUACAUCUUGGAAUAAAAAAGAUAAAAAAUAAGUGUCUUGAUCUCAAAAAAGAAUGGAGUAAAUCGGAAAUCUCAGAAAUAUAUAAAAAAAUUCAUUGGAAUAAUAAUUAUAAUGUCUUAUAUAAUUCCCAUUAUAUUGAAAAUUAA